GCGCUUGGGCCGCUUCUCGGCGAAAGUCACGCCUCUUCCUCGUCAAGCCACGAUACUCGUUAGCGUGUGCGCAUGUGAAUCAUUCCCUUCGCGGCAGAGGCUCCCGAUGGGGCUUAGCAAAUCCCAUAAGGCCUGCGUCAAGCACCGCAUUCCAUCCUCUCAGCUUCUCUCCAGCCAGCUACUACCAGCCAAGCAAAUCAUCGGUGCAGGUCACCUAGUCACGCACAUUACAAGACACACUUUGACAGUAUGAAGUUCGUCACCUCCACAUUUGUCACGCUCGCACUCGCCUCAGUUGCGCUCGGCCACGGUGCACUGGUUGCAGUCCAGGGAGAGAACGGCGUCACGGGCAAAGGCAUAGGCAUUGUUGACUCUACACCGCGUGAUGGCACACGGCGCGAUCCCUUCCAAGCCGAUACGAGUAUCAUUCGAGACCGUGAGAUAACCGCAGGCACGGCAGGCGUUUGUGGCAGAACCUUAGCGGGUGGCAACAACGCGAACCCGGAGCUCACGCAAGUCCGGGCCAUGAUCGAUGGCGGUCAGAUGCCUACCAUGUUCAAGGAUGGCACGGUCAAAAUGACUUUACAUCAGAUCAACGGCGAUGGUGGUGGCCCCUACACAUGUCAAAUGUCGGUCGACAUGGGUGCUACAUUCACAGACAUGGAAGUCGUCACUAACAUCCCUGGCGAAAACUCUCGUUCUCGCGCCAAGGCCACCGACUUCCCACUCGUCGCUCGUGCUACCACUUUGCCAGACGGCCCGGCGAUGGUCCGGUGUCGAAAUGCCGCUCGUGCUGGUCCUUUCGGUGGCUGUGUCAUGGUUGCGCCUCCGGCCGCAGCUGCGCCCGCAAAGCGAUCACUCAAUGCCUCGGUCGAGGAGGAUGAGUAUUGAAGAGACUUGCCACGGAUGUAUCAGUUGACAUUACACUCACUCGCAUUCACAUUGGCUCGGUCUUGGCGUCACUUACUAUGCAUUGCAUCAAAGGCCCGUCCUCGCGGAACAAUGU